AUGAAGCCACGAGUUGCUCGCCUCUGGACUGCCCAGCUGCCGUUUGCGCGUGCCGCCAGAAGCGCCGCAUCACGACCAUCAGCGCCCUUCCUUCGCAACUUCUUCACUUCUACCCAACCGGGCGCCACGUCCAGACUAGCAAAUAACUCGCUCGAGCAAAGCGCCCUUCUCUUCUUCCGCUACCAACGCUCAGCUCUCGGCCGCCGCUUCCGGUCCCUGCGCUUCAAGAGUGACAAGCCUACUGUUCAGUCGCACAACCCCACGCCACACCUUGGCAGUCCUGAGCCUGCGCUCUCGGUAUCACAGCGGCUCAAGAAGCUCUCUCGCGAAUAUGGGUGGACGGCGGUAGGAGUAUACCUAGGACUAUCGCUCAUCGACUUUCCCCUCUGCUUCAUAGCAGUACGCUGGCUGGGAACCGACAGGAUAGGCCACUAUGAAGAAGUGCUGAAGAAUGCGCUUUGGAGUGUCGUCCGCCUGGUUGUUCCAGAUGCGGGCAAAAAGCCAGCAGAAGCAGGCGUCGAGGAAUCCACUGCCGAGGCCACUGCGAGAGAAGGUUAUGUUGAGGCUGGAAAGAGUGUAGGACACAACGGUGGGUCAAACGCAUCAAUCUGGUCGCAGCUCGGCCUAGCCUACCUCGUGCACAAAUCCCUCAUCUUCUUCCGCGUACCACUUACCGCAGCCGUCCUUCCCAAGGUUGUGAAAACCCUGAGAAGUUGGGGCUACAACAUUGGCAAGAGAAAGCCAAAAAGUCCACCCGUCUAG